GGAAACCAAGCCAGGCGCGUUGAUAUCCCAGCUACACUUCUUAUUGGUGAAUGAAACAACGGAUGGAAUCAAAAUUCAUGGAACACUUCCCAGAUGAAUGCUGUGUCUGUAACGUUUUCAUCGGCUGAUGGUUUUUUGUUUGAAUACCCCAUUGUACGACAGGAUACAUCAAUAAAUAUGCUGUUAGCUGCAUUUAAUUCCAAAGCAGGGAUACACGUAUACUUUGGUCGCCAGGAGUUUGCUCCAUACCUUAAUGUUAAUUCGGUCUUCCUUCGGAAUAACACUAACACUGGCAUACGAGUGGAGAAUAAUGGCAAGCUUGAGGUAAACAGUUGUGAAGUGUACGGUUCAAAAACCGCAAUCAGUCUUGAGUCGAACUUAGCAGGUUCCUUGAUUUUCCGUGCUUGUGAUUUCCACGAUAAUUCCGAGCGAGUGAUAUCAUCCCAACGACACACAUCUUCUGGGGGAAACUUUUCCUUUGUUCUGGCUGACAGUUCAAUUCAUGAUCACAGUUAUUACAUUUAUUGGUCGUGGAACUACAGACCUUUGAUUGAUAUUUAUCCCAAUGACCGACUUGAGCAGGCUACGUGGACAUUUAAAAAUAAUAAGUUUUUCAAUAUGUCCAUUUCUGGUACAAUUUUAGACAUAGAUGCUCGAUAUGUUCGCUCUGAACUCAACGUUUAUAUCACUGGGAACCAAUUCAUGGACAUCGCUCGCGGAAGAGCUGUUGAAGUGAGAACAAGUAUUAGGUCAUCCAUUAACAUUGCCAAUAAUCUGUUUGAGAACAUCACAGAUCCUCGCGCCAAUGCUUUGGUCGAAAUUUAUCAACACGUAAUUAACGCAACAGUACGUGUUGAAAACAACACGUUUCAGGCCAAUGGAGUUUCUAGCAUGGUCUAUCUUUCAGGGGAAUCGGGGACCUUUCCCUAUACAUACAUAAUAUCAAACACGUUCCUCAACAACUCCGUUAGUAACACAAUUCUCAGUGCUAUUUCAGGCUUUCAAGCCCGGAACAACAUAUUCACGAAUCCAAGAGCAUCAUGUGAAAUUAAAGCACCAGACUUUAAUGACUUUGCUCCGAUUGAUGCCUUAAAUUGCUACUGGGGGUUUGGUGACUUAGACAAAAUAGUACAGCGGGUGUGCUCGUUUGAGAAGGACAUGCGUUUAUCCCGGGUAAACUUCAUUCCCUACCUGCUGUCAGCUGAUUUGGGGAACAAGGUGGAUAUUACGGACGGGACCUUCCAUUUGGACACUCUGAUUGGCGGAGUGGUAACGGGCACUAUUACCCUUGCUAAAGGACCUGAACCAGUCGUCAUAUCUAGAUCUGUUUAUGUUGAGGAAAAUGCGGUGCUGGUCAUUGAAGCAGGAUCAACUGUGGAAUUCGAGGAAGACUGCGGUAUCUUUGUCAAAGGGAAGGUUGUCAUUGGAUCUGACAAGGCAAGUCGUACAACCCUUCAGCCUCAUAACUCCGAUUUUUGGGAAGGCAUUGUGUUUGGUUCUGGCAGUUUGUCAAAAUCCCGGUCUGUGACGUCUGUAUCAGAGAUGAGGAACACGCACAUACUAAAUCCUAGAACUGGAGUUAGGUUCCUUACUUCUCAAGUCAGCCUGUUUAAUAACGUGAUUUCGGGGUCUGGAAAUGCUGGAAUAACUCUUGAUGUGCAAAAUACUGUCUUUGACUUUAAUGGAACAGCAGUGAUAGAUAGUGGUAGUUAUGGACUUUACGGUGACCCUAUAACAGAUAUCCGGAUAAGAAACGUUACUAUUAUAGGAAGCAACUACGAUGGAGUGGCCUUAAGGUCUGCAGGUGGUCAUGUGGAGCUAGAGUAUGUCACACUUGAUGGGAAUAGCGGUGCUGGAGUGGAGGUUACAUACUCGAAUAACGAUCUGGAGAAUUUCUUCACUAUGUCUCAUUCACAGGUUUUGAACAAUCAAGGCGUAGCGGUCCAAGGUGAAUUUUUCAUGUUUUACCGGGAUAUCGGAAUAAACAUUAACAAUAAUAACUUUACAAAUAACACCAGAGGGGGUUUGCUUGUUACAUUGUCCGAAUCUUAUGGCUGGAGAAGCUGGAAUCCAAGACUGUGCACGUGUAAUAUUACGGACAACGUUUUUACCAACAGUGGAACAAGUUCUGUUCGCGUUCAGUCUUACGCAGUGAUAGAUAUAAACAAUAAUCAAUUCCUUAACAGUCAUAGCUUAGAUGCAUGCAUAUUAUCAAUCGAGUCCUCUGCAUGGAGAAACGAACAACCCUCGAAGGUUAUCAGCUUAACCACUAACCGGUUUGAGAUGGGAAGUGGAGAGUGUGCCGUCGAUCUGUCAUCCCAAGACGAAGGAAACCUGGAAGGCUUGUUCGUUUACAAUCAACUGACUUCUUUUGACGCGACGGAAGCAACUAUUAUUGUUGACUCUCUCCAUUUUAAUGUGACCGAUAACAUUUUAGACAACCCUGAAUCUGUGUAUGAGAUCAAGGUGACCAAAGCAGGCACUGGUGUAGUGCACGCAGAGCGGAAUUGGUGGGGAAGUACCAACCUACUGUCGGCUAAAGCUCGUGUCUUCGAUCAAACUCGGGACCCAUCUCUUUUGGCACUGGAAAUUCAACCAAUCCGCCAGGAACUGACAUUUGACUGUAGCCUGGUUAACAACUGCAGUGGUCAGGGAGAGUGCGUUAGGCCGAACGGAUGUCGUUGUUACCGGGGAUGGGCGGGAACAAGAUGCACCGAGUAUGACUGUUCUGGAGUUAGCCAGUGUUCUGGUCGCGGGGCGUGUAUCGGACCUAACGUCUGUGAAUGUAACCUAGGUUAUACUGGUUCACGCUGUGAGCUAGCCACGUGUUCCAACGUAAAUGACUGCUCGGGCAAAGGGUUUUGCAUCGCUCCUGAUACCUGUCAGUGUUUCACGAAAUAUUCAGGCUCAACAUGUUCGGAGUGUGGACCGGAAAGAUGGGGAGAAGACUGUCUGCCAUGUCCAUUCUGCGUUAGGCCUCAGGGAACGUGCAACACGCAGAACGGAACGUGUCUGUGUGCCUCCAACUGGGCCGGAGAUAUUUGCGAUCGAUGUGCCAAAACAUUCUACGGAUCUGACUGUGAGCCUUUAGUGACUGUUCUGAACGUGUUUCCUGACGGUGGACCGGACACUGGUGGUACGGAGGUGCAUGUGAGAGGACACAACUUUCCAGAGACAACCAACAACACGUUUUAUUGCCGCUUCGGUUCCAAAGUCGUGGAAGGCAUUCGCCUCUCCAGAGAGCAUGUGGUUUGUGUGUCACCGCAGUUGCCCGAGGCGACGUACUUUGUGGAAAUCUCUGUGGAUGGCGUCAUGGAUUUCACAGACAAUAAGGUACCUUUCAAUGUCUAUGCGCAAUGUCCUCCAAAUGCAUGUGGGAAGAACUUUAGUCCAGCGCACGGUUACUGUGCCUUCGGGGGAUGUGUGUGUGAGUUACCUUGGUCUGGACAAGAUUGUCUCACUGAGAUUAGAGUUCCGCGAAUAGCUGAUGUCGACUCUCCUAUCGCCAUCAGCGAGGGGGACAGCUUUUCCCUGAAACUAAACCUAACACAGGGAACAUCGCCAGUAGCGUGGUUUAUCCAACGUCAGCCUCAGGGUAUGGUUCUGGAUGUGCGCUCAGCUACGGUCACGUGGGACAGAACGAUAGGAUCCGGGACACCUUAUCGUGUGGUGAUUGGUGCCACAAACAUCGUGGGGACGGACACAAAAACCUUAGAAAUUCGAGUUCCCUUGUCAUAUAACGUCACUAUAGAGACCACGACACCGUCUGGAACCCUGUCCACCCCGGAACCUGUUACAAUCCGUGGUCAUGUGAACUUCUGGAAUACCGACGGUUCACGGGUUGCUCUGGUGGAUUUGCUGAUUCGUCAAAAUGACAAAACUAGACCACUUACCACCUUUUCUGAUCCCGGGAGAAACGGAUAUUUUGAAGCUAUAUUUUAUCACCAGUCCCAGGACAGUGGAGAAUUUUUUGUGUCCGGAAACCAUCCAUCGGAUCCAGUUUUUAGGCCACAAGCAAGUUGGAAGGUACAAGGUCUUAGGUGUUCUGACUCAUCUUUGAGACUAGUUAGCUACCUGGAUGAGGAGCAAGUUACGUUUCCUAGUGUCGCCGAGCUUAUUAAUACUGGACUGGAGAAUGUUCGUAACAUUCGGUCAGAGGUUUUGGGCGUUGGAUCGCCUCUUCAGGCUGUUACCGUGAUACCUACAGGCACAACUGACUCUGGUGCAACAUACUUCACGACGUCUCUGGAAUCAAAUGCCGGUAUAGCCUUUGACGUAAUCUUGAACGCUUCCGGACCGCUGCGAGGGACUAUUGCUGUGGUUUUCACCGCUGACGUGGGUACAACAACAACGUGUAGGAUGAGCAUUAACCUAAGCAUUCGGAAACCUCAUUUUACUAUUUCGCCUGGGUCACUACGUGCUAACCUUCUAAUUGGCAGCCGAGCAACGUAUGAGAUUGAAGUCACAAAUGACGGAGAGGCAGAGGCCGCUAAUGUACGAGUCGACCUACCCAGUGACGAUAGGUUCUCACUAGUAUCUUUUAACAAACGUUUGUCCGCAUCAACACCGAAUGACGUUCCCCAAGAUGUUUUGUCCCUGAGUAAAGAUGAAUCUGCUAUUUUAAGUAUUGGUUUACUGUCUGCAAGAUCGGACACUUUGGGAGAAGUCCGAGGCCAGAUUGCUGUAAAAUCGGAUCAGAUCUCUGUUGCCAUUCCAUACCACAUCAUUCUCGUGUCGGACACCCGCCUGAACCUUACGAUUCGUGUUGAGGAUGAGUUUACUUACUUUGAUGAAAGUCAUCCUCUUGUUAGCAAUGCCACAGUUACUCUCGUCAACGGACGCCGAAAAUUUCGGACCUCUUUAAUGACAACAAGAGAGAAAGGUUGGGUGACCUUCGAAAAUUUACAGGAGGAUAAGUACGACUUACGUGUUCAGGCACCUGGUCAUGGCUCGUACGUUGCCGUCAUUGUUGCUGACAGCACAUCUCCAAAUAUGAGCGUUUUUCUGCAGCGAACCGCUGUCACUUACACAUUUAGUGUAACGCCAACCACGUUUGAAGACAAAUACGUAAUUACCCUUGAGACUACGUUUGAGACUCAGGUACCAAUGCCAGUCGUUACUGUGGAACCCGCGCAGGUUAAUACCAUUCCGUAUGAAGAAGGUCGCAAAAACAUCAUGGAAUUCCGCCUUACAAAUCAUGGGCUAAUCCGUGCUGAUAAUGUGCGUUUCGCUCUCCCCAGCCAUCCUCGACUCCUAUUUUUUAUGACUAUUGAUGAGAUUGGUCAUUUAGAAGCGAAUAGCAGCAUCAUCGUUCCUGUUCGAGUGGAGAGAAAGGUAACGGAAACUACGCCAUCUCCCACUACAGUCUCUGUGAAAACCAUUUCACCACGGACUCUAAAUCCCGGUGCUACAACAGGCCGGCCAUCACCAACCAAUGCGCCGGCAACGAGAGCACCAUCCACUCGGACUCCUACGGACCGGCCCAACCCACCAUCUUCCGGUGGUUCCGAUGGAGGGUCGUCAAGCAGCAGUGGAUCGUCAGGUUAUUGUGGGAUAAUCAUAGUGUACGAUUAUGUGUGCGGGGUCCGUAUCAGCCGGCAGAUUACGGUAUCUCUUCCUAGGGUGUAUCCAGGCAGACCACCUAUACCGUGUGUGACUUCCACAGCUGUAGCCACUCUGCCGUCCAUCAGAACAGGAACAGUCGGUGUAGGAGGAGGAGGAGGAGGCAGUGUAUAUGGAAGCGGAGGACUUGUUGUAUACAGGCCUGUCACGCCAAUCUCCUGCGAUUGUUUGAAGUCUUAUGUCCAGAACUGUAUUCCAUUUGGGAGCUGUGCAGUGAGCACGUUGGAAGGAUCCUUGGCUGGAAUUUUGAAGGAUUGUGUAUUACCGAUUCUACCGAUCUCUGGGUGUGCGAAAGCCACAAUUGGGGCAGCCUUUCCUCAGAGCAGUUUCCUCGACCUUAUCAUCAGCGUCAUUGAUAUCGCCAUGUCCUGUGUAGUGUCGGCUAUAUGUCCUAUCUGUGGACCCAUCUGGACCCUCAUCAAAUGUCUUGUGAAGGUAAUAGCUACAUGUUCUUUCGGUGGGCUCGGUCGAAGGAGACGAGAUGUCAGUUCAGCUAUCGUGGAAAAUUUAGUGAUGAAAUCUCCGCCCAUGGAUAACUUCCUAGACCUCAGCGUGGGAAUCCUUGGAAGCAGAGACAUGUUGGAACUGCCUGAUAAUGGUUGGUAUUCCAAGUUCAAAUCGGCCAUUGGUGACGACAGUCCCAGUGGAAACUAUCUCACAACUGCUGAAUACAACACAGUGUGGACAGGGCUGAACGAUACAAAGUCGCAGGAAGCUGUUCGUACCUUCCUAAGGAGAUGGAACAACACCGUGUCGGCCUUCAACGACGGCACUCUGGCAUCACGACCUGACACAGAGAAUAUCAUACCUUUCCGCAGCUCACAGGAGAAGUAUAAGCAAUACCUCAAAGAUACUGUCAAUGCUAAAGAGUCUGGAUUUGACACAAUUUUUGAUGAAUUUGACAGUGCGAUUGGGGUUUAUAUUGAUGCGAAGAACAAGGAGUCUGGACAGGAUAACGGUGUGUGCGCCAAGGUUAGAGUGCAGAUAGUCCAGGAUCUCGUGCUGACACGCGAUGCAUUUAAUGCUCGACUGGAGAUCGAAAAUGGAGAACAGUCGGCUUUGUCUAACAUAAAAGUCGUCCUAAAGAUUACCCCGGCCAUUGAUCCAACCAAAAAUGCAACAGACAAGUUUGCCAUAGGCUACGCCGAAUUGGUAGGCAUUACAGCUGUAGAUGGGACAGGAUCCCUGGCGCAAGCCAAAUCGGGCACAGCAGACUGGCUGAUUAUCCCUUACUCCACAGCCGCUAUUCGCGAAGACACCGAGUACGAUGUCGGAGGGAGCUUCUCCUACAGUGUAGGUGCGUCUUCUCUGACAGUGUCUCUCGUACCAGAUACUAUCACCGUAAAACCCAACCCCAACCUGGAGGUUCACUAUUUCCACGAUAAAUACGUUCAGGGUGACGAUCCCUUCACCGAUGCCGUAGAACCUAGCGUGCCGUUUGUCCUGGCAGUCAUGAUUACUAACACGGGCUACGGGGUGGCCAAGAGUUUAAAAAUAACAUCAGCUCAGCCGGAGAUUAUAGAAAAUGAGAAGGGAUUGUUGGUGAAUUUCCAAAUCGUUGGAACAGCUCUAAACGGAAAACCUGUACCGUUUUCUUUGUCAGUUGACUUUGGAGACAUCGAUCCUUUCCAGACAAAGGUGGCAAGAUGGUACCUAACCUCUUCUCUAAAGGGAUUCUUUUAUAAUUACUCAGCCACAUUUGAAAACAUAAAUCCUCUUGGUGACCCUCAGCUGUCUGUACUCGACGUGUUGAGGAGUCACGAACUCAUACACACUGUGCGUAAGGAUGUCCCAGCUGAUGACAAAUUAGAUGAUUUCCUUGUUAAUGAUGAGCUGGAUGCUGAUGAUAUGGCUGAUCAUGUUUUUGACAGCUCAACCGGCCUUAAAGAUCGCAUCGUUGACUCCGAGGUGACGCAGUUCCAAGAACGCGUUGGAUCAGAUGGACAAUACAUCUCUGUGAGCCUGAUAUGCAACGUGUUUGAUGUUGGCUGGUUUUAUCUCAGAGUCGAAACCGACCUGGCUUCUUCGGAUGACAAUCGAGGGGAACUAUUAGCGGUCACCCGAGAGGACGGUAGAGAGAUUUCACUGGGGAAAAAUGCGUGGACAACUGAUCACUACAAGGACGCUUCCUUUUUCCAUCUUUUUGAUUACAGUGACGAUAAUUUCACUACUUUCCAUUACACUGUCAUAUUUGGCCCGGAGAACAAUUUUGAGCCAGAUUUUGACAAAGACAAUUACAAUGUCAAAGUUAAGUUUCCGAUUUCUGCAAACGAUAUUGUAACCAGAGUACAUGCGAGUGACGCGGACGGCCAUCCUGUUACUUAUUCACUGCAAAUGCCAACAGGACAGUUUUCCAUUAACAACCAGACCGGAGAUAUUCUAUCAUUAGUAGCGAUCUCGGAACCGCAAAGCCUGAUGCUGAUUGUCAUUGCCACCGACAGCGGUGUGCCGAGCAGAAUCGCGUCAGUCAAAGUGACGAUCACGCCUGAUGACGGCAGUCAGCCUACCACUUCAUCAACCACACGUUCUACAAAAACGACGAGUAUAUCAUCUGCCAAAACCACAACGCUGAUGACGACGAUAUCAUCCACCAAAACCAUCAAACAAACCACGAAGAUAUCAAGCACCAAAAGCACCACAGAGACAACCAAGUCUUCCAUCAAACCAACCCACACUUCACCCGCGACAUUGGCGAAUACAACAAUGGACUUGUUCGGCAACGCCACCGGUGUAAACCAAACUGUGUCCACGGCUAUCCGGAAAGAAGCAACACUGGUAUUUUUCUUUGUACCAGCCAGUAUCAUUAUUAUAGCCGCAUAUGUUAAUGCGAGCUAAAACAUGGAACUACCGAUUAAUACGUCUACGUUCAAUUCAUUUUGUUAAUCUCGUAGUAUGAAAUUCAGACUUCUGUGCUGUAUCAAACAGGGUGUCAUAUUCAUGUAUUAUAAUUACUUAUUUACUUGCUAGAGGGUUAAGAAAAUUUUUAAUUCUUUACGGGAAGACACAGUUAUAUUUUUGAAGAGAAGUGGUAGAUUUUGUUGGCUUCCGACAUGAAUCAUGAUAUCGCUACUUAAUCGAUUACUAAAAUCCGCAACUUAUGUGACGCUCAUAUAAAGGGUAUAAAUGUGAUAUUCAUUGCGUUGGUAAGUCCAGAAAGUCGCAGGAACUACAGUCUCCAGUUGUGGAGUUGUGUUUGAUGGGUACAUUAAUUGGUGUUCACAUUGUGUUUUAUUUGCUUCUAAGUAUGAGGGUUUGAUGAAGCACAAUGUGUUUGAUGUGAAGUACAUGUAGCACGCUUAUUUUGUAUACACUGUGUCUUUAAUCGCAUGUUAUCCAUGAUUACGCCACCACAAACGCCAGUACAUUCAUGUACAAAGCUAGUUUUCAUUCUUGUUCUAUUUUAAGAAUUGUUGAUUAUUAUAUUGGCGGUAUGUAGACGCAGUCCACCCUUUGUAUAAGGCGAUCAGUUUAAGACAUAGGACACAUUACUACUGAAAAAAGUUGUGGAGUUGUGUUUGAUGGGUACCUUAAUUGGUGUUCGCAUUUUGUUUUAUUUACCUUUAAGUGUGAGGGUUUUAUGAAGCACAAUGUGUUUAAUGUGAAGCACAUGCAGCACGCUUAUUUUGUAUACGCUGGGUGUUAAAUCGCAUGUUAUCCAUUAUUUCGUCACCACAAACGCUAAUACAUUCAUGUACAAAGUUGGCUUUCAUUCUUGUUCUGUUUUAUAAAUUGUUGAUUAUUAUAUUGGCGGUGUGUAGACGCAGUCCACCCUUUGUAUAAGGCGAUCAGUGCAAGACAGGGGACACAUGAAAAUUGUUUUCUUAUGCCAAUAGAUUUUAGCGUUUCAUGUGCACUUUCUUCGGUUUUUUGAACUGACAGCAUUUGUUUAUUUGCUUUAAAUAAUAAUAAAUUUCAUCUCUUUUUAAAAAAA